AUGUUUUCUAUUUGUAGAACAAAAUCAUCACGUGCCACGCCCACACCAACAGCCAGACGCACCUAUAGCGAUGAGGACUUAAAUAAUGCACUACAAGAUAUCUUAACUGGCAAAUUGGGUACUCGCCGAGCUGCUGCCCAAUAUUGCGUUCCUCGCUCAACUUUGCGUAACAAGGUUAGCAAAAUGACAACAGAAUCAAACCGCACUAGUACCCUGGAAAUGGACGAUAAAAUGUCCGGUGAUGAAGGUGAAGACAGUAACGCCUCAACACCACAACCAGAAACGCUAGCUGAUGAUAUACCAAAAGGCUUAGAGCGUGUAUCAAGUUAUUUGCCUAAGUUCAGUGAAAAUAAUGGAGCAGAGUUAUCUGAUAUUAGCAGAGGAAGAGACAUGCUCACAACAAAUGCAUCACCUAAAUUGCCAUCCAUGCCAUCAGAUGGUUUGAAAAGACAAACCAGCUCACCAUUGAGUAUACCACAGUCCCAAGCAUCACCGCAACCGCAACCAUUGUUAUUGGAUGUUAAUAUGCUUCUACAAGCAUUACUGAUCUCAACUCGUCCACAAUUGGAUACAAUGACCGUAAGUGAUUUGUUUACAGCGAUUAGAUCGGUUUUGAGUGUAACGGCUGGUGAUAAUGCGGUUAUGAACAAUGGCAGCACGAAUAUUUUGGAUCAACGUUUACUACUACAGCAGUUGUUACAGCAACAGCAGCAACAACAACAACAACAUGUAACACAAUUUUCGCAUCGACUACCAAAGUCUGAAACACCUGAGACUAGCUCUUCAUUGGAUCCCAAUGAGUUAUGCGAUGAUCCGUCGAAUAUAUUGAAAAUUCCGUCCUACAAACCAAUUGCAGGCACUACAAAUUCCAGCAGUGCUGCUGUAAAUGCUAGAGUCUCAAGUUCACCAUCGUUGCAUUGCAACAACAAUAAUAACAAUAAUGUCAAUGCCCGUAACGGUGAUAGUCCACACUCUGCGGUAUCGCCGCAUAUUGCUAGUUCUAUGCUAGCAGCUGCUGUGGCAGCAGCUAGUGGCAAUAGCACCGCUGUGGCCACAAAUCGUCAAAAUCCUAACAUCCCAGCUAUGAUGCACGCACGCAAUCAUGGUACACCCGAUUCUCAAUCGCCCCCAGCAAUGACAAUACGCGAUGUUAUUGCCAAUAGUAUACACCGCACUAUGAAUGAACAAGCCAAUAAAGAUGCACAUGCUGCAGCGGCUGCAUCUAUGUUGGUAUUGGCAUCUGACGCCGAACGCAACAGUAACAGUGGAAAUAGUGAAUAUAAAAAGCCUAGUAUUUCUGUUGUAAAGAAUAUUGGUGGUACUGAUACCUCGCGUUUUGGCACAGCACCAAAUUUGUUGGCAGCAGUGAGCGCUUCGUCACAUAACACACAUCCACAUCACCAACCGCAUCCACAUUUGCAACAUGUUCCAUCACAUCCGCAUCAUCAACAUCAUUCUGCUAUGCAUCUAAGUCGCCAGGAUGCAGCAGCACUAGCAGCCGGUAAAGGCACACGGCCAAAACGUGGCAAAUACCGUAAUUACGAUCGUGACAGUCUUACGGAAGCUGUGAAGGCGGUACAACGCGGUGAAAUGUCGGUACAUCGCGCUGGAAGCUAUUAUGGUGUGCCACAUUCCACGCUCGAAUACAAAGUAAAAGAGCGACAUUUAAUGCGACCACGUAAGCGUGAACCGAAACCACAACCAGGACUUGAUAGUACCAGCAGCGCAAGCACUUCAAAAUCAAACUCUAACAUUCCCGGUCUAAAUAAUUUGGACAAAAUAAAAUCUAAUGCUGCUGGCACCAACUCUAAGCUCAGUAAUGCACUCAAAAGUAAUAGCUCGAAUGCAACAGCUUUCUCAAAUGUGUCAGCCUUCACAAAUGGCAUGAAAAUGCCCAUGCUCGAUCCUAGUAUGGCAGCACAACUACAAUAUGGGGCUCCAUUCGUUCAUUGGCCACAUACAACAACAGCUUUCAACCAAAUGCAAAUGGACUUUAACCGCAAUGCGCAAAGUGGCAAUGCGGCCGCUGUGAAAUCUGAUUUAUUUAAAACUCUCUAUCAGGAGGAGGCAAUGCGUGCUGCAGUAGCAAGUGGCAAUGGCAGUAGCACUGCCACUAGUGCCAAUAGUCCCAGUCCAAUUGCCAGCCCUAUGUUGGGCCAAAACCAUCAUGGUCUUUACGACGGUACUAAUGUUAAUGACACUUCGAAUAUACUUGAUGAUAUUAUUCGUCAGACUUUGGACCGCAAAAGUGGUCAGACUCCUUCGAAUGUAUUACUUGAUCAAUUACUGAUCAACAAAACUCCAUUACCUUUUACCAAUAAUCGACAAAAUGAUUAUAGUGGUUGCGGAUCGAAUAAACGUACAGGUAGUCCUCUAUCAUUUAGCAAUAUCAAACGUGAACGCUCAAGCCCUAUGCAGAGCAGCGAUGACGACGAUACAGCUUCGCAAAGCGGCACUGAAGACGUACCCGAACACAAUAACAACAAAAGUAAAAAUCUUAGUGGUAAUGGCGGUUUGAUGGUAGGCGAGAAUGCAAUAAAGCGACAACAACGAAGUCGUAUGACUUCCAGAGACUCCGAUGCAAGCAGUUUGAAAAGUGAGUUGAUGAUACUUAAUCAAAGUCACAACAACAAUAGCAAUAACAAAAUGGCGAUUGAUUUAAAUGGCAGUGCUACAUUAAAGUCAGAGAUACCCGAUGACGUAGAUAAGACAAACUCAAAUACGACCUCAAUUUUGCACGAGAAGUUGGCGCAAAUCAAAGCUGAACGGGAGACGGAGGAGAACUUAUAGAGAAAAUUACAAUAUGGCGUAAGCAUAUAUGACUUAUCGUGAUGUAGAGAUUUAUAUAGUUCAACUCAAAUGUCAGCUUUUUACUAAAUCAACUAACACAAUUCGUAUGACGUAAGUUCACAACAGUUUAAUAAGUGUAACAGCAGGGUUAAGGUUAUCAGAGGGACGAAACUCAGAGAGAGUUUCAAUUUUUAUUAAGAGAUAUGCGCGUAGAAAUCAGAACGAAAUUGUGGUUAAAUUAUGGGACAAUAAGCUAUAGAAGAUGCAAUGUUUAAUGUGCGCGUUUAGUCAGUUUUUAGCGAAAAAAGUAAGAAAAUUAAAAAAAUCUACAAAUAUGUAUAUAUCAUUUUGUAGUGCUACAUCACAAAAAUCAAUUCAAUACAAUGUACAGUUUCUACAUAAUUUACAACAUAUAAAAAAAAUAUUAAUUAUAAAUGGGAAAUUUAUUUAUAAU